AUGACCAUUUUAGACAGGUUCAGUGGUCCAAUACUAGUUGAGAGGGCUGCUUACUUAUUAGAGAAUAAGUAUGGUAUACCAAAUGAGAGAGAACAGAUAGCAGCAAGGGCAAUUAACUACCUAUACGAUAUCGGCUACACAAAUUCACCUCACUGGAUCAAGCUGUCUUCAGCAAUAACACCAAAUAGUCGUGGAAAUAACUUGUUUCAAGCUUCAUCGAUGGGCACUGCAAGAAAUGCUACUGUUUUAGAAAAGAUAAUAUCGCAUGAUUAUAACGACGCUCUGUAUAUCCUAGAGAGCAGCAAGACUGUAGCCAACGUGGGCUAUUACAGACAUGUUGAACAAGUGGCUCAGGUAUUGAUGUUACAGAAGAAUUUCAAGGCUUUGGAACAACUUGAAUAUCGUAUUCAUAACAGUGUGAACGACGUACAAAAUCCCGAUGAGAUAAAUUCUUAUAGAAAAAUCAUAUUACUGAUAUGCAUGGCGUAUUAUCUACAAAGAAAAUAUUUUGAUUGCUGCUACAAGUUUUUUCGCUAUUUGAACUUAGAUAAUGAUCUGAUAGCAUCAUUUCAAACUGUCGGGGCAAAAUAUGAUUUCAUUUCGACUGAUGAAAUUUUACUGGCAGUGACAAUUUCUAUUAUUAUCUCCAUCCCAUUCUCAAGCUACAAGGAUUUCAUUCACAUAAAAUCUAAUGAAAUAUUUUUCAAGGUAUACCCAUUGUCAUUAAAAUUGAUGAAAUUAAUAAUUCACAUUAAUUUUCAAAAGUUUUUUGGAAUUUGGCAUGUUGAAAUAGAUCAACUGUGUCAAAGAAGUAUAUUUCUAGGUAAACAUUGGUCAUUUGCACAGACUUUAAUGAGAACCAAAAUCUAUAUUUUUUAUUUCAAAAUUUCUCAAAAAUUGAAAAUAUCAUACUUAGCUAAUAUUCUUAAAAUUGACAAUUCCCUAAUAAAAAAAGAAGUUGAGUUAUUAAUAUCAUCAGCUCAUAUAAAUGUUGAAUUCGAAGACAAGGAUACUCUGGUAUUCAAUCAGACUCACGUAUAUAAUCACCCAUUGAAGAGUUUGCAGAGAAAUGAAAGAGAUAUUGAGACUGUUAUUCAGGACAAAAGGAAGAGAUUGCAACAACUGAGGGACUUUAUACAAGAGGCAUCUACUCAAGGUCUUAAUUCUACAAAUAGCGAAGAAGGGAAAAUGGACAUUACUGAUCUUAAUAAUGACAGUGAUAUGAGUGAUAUAUAA